AUGUCUACUUUUCCGGAAACUUCUCUUACAGAUGAUCUCACUUCCGUUGAAUGUAAUCUCUUAAUAAAUCUACCACCACUUUAUACGCUCAACUUUGAUUUUCUUAUCGAUCCAAGACAUGAGCGCAACCAAAACCAAGAUUCAAGGCCUCCCCGGCCGCCUAAUUCUUGGAUCAUUUUUCGUAGAAUGUUCGAGAGCAGAUUACAAUCUCAACAAUCUGACCCCUUUAGGAUGGCUGGUGAAGAUUGGAAGAGUCAGCCUAAAUCGGCUUUGCAAUGGCAUAACAAAACUUAUCCUGACAACAAGCCGGUAAGGAAGAAGAAGAACAACUGGUACUAUAAGAGGUGA